GGAGUGGUGAGCAUGCUACCGACUUGAAUGCGGUCACAGACAGUGCCCACUGGCCCAUCCCGAUCCUGGCGCUCGUAGUGGGACAGGUAACCCACAAAUUUCACACCUGGCACGAAGGUCGUCCAUAGAAGGCUACUGCGGAGCAACUCCUCCUGGCUAUAGUUGGGGUGUCAUAUCUCUCAUGGAGCCCAAGAACAAAUCCAAUGGGACUAACUGCCGCGCAACGAAAAGAGAGAUGGGCCCAUCGCCACCUAUCGGACCCUGGGGCAAUCCCAACGCCCUUGGAAGCUAUAGAUGCCUGCGUGGAGGUAUAUGGAGGAGCAAAUGCUGUUACACUCCGACUCUUCCUGAACCCAAUGGCAGGUCAACCGGUGGGAAAUCUCUUAGGCCACCUCCCACGUCUACAGGCACUUAUGCAACAAGGUGAAGAAGUUUCUGAUACUAUAAGGGACCGACCUUCGGCAUACCCAGCCGGAACACUGAGACCCAGACGGCAAGAAAAUUUAUCCCUCGAUGAGAGCAAGGGUGGUCACCUCCAGGAACCCCGAAGAAAAGAACCCUGAAGGAAAGAACUAUGUUUGAUUUUCUUCUCUCCCGCACCGGACUUACAAAGGCACAGCUACAAAUUUUGGGAGAACGAACCCAAUAUCGUAUAGCCGAAGCAUUAGGAUUUAAAUUCGAGGACCCAUCAAAAAACGAGUAAUGGCCGGCGGCUCUGCCGGCGGCCUUCUCCAGUUCAAACCUGACCCUACUGAUUCUCGACCAUACGCCGAACUCACUGUUUACAACCCUACCGAUCUGGAUGACCAACAACAAGCAUUCUUCCUUCUCGAUACUGGAGCUCAAACCAAUGUGAUUACCUCAAUGAUACCUCAUCAAAAGACCACCAAAACAAUCAAGGUACAAGGGCUUAAUGCUAUCACUGUCACAACGAAGGUCAAAUUUUGGGUCCAAGGCCACUGAUACCCCCUAAAGGCUGUCCUAGGGGGCAUCAACAUUUUAGGGAUCCCGGGGAUAAAAGCGCUUGACCUUAAAGAACAAGUGCUACAGGCAUUACCUGUCAUUAUCCCAGAACAGGAUUGGCAUCGACCAAUGCUUCGUAACAACUCCACCUGGCGAUAUCGACCAAUCCCGACUAAGGGUUCUCUAAAGCAGUCCCUUAUUGACCUCCUGAGGCGACUUGAGCGACGAGGCUGUAUUAAGACUGUAACAGCCAGCACCCACCUGUCAUCAGGAUGGGGGGUAGCGAAACCUGGAAAGCCUAAUGAAGCCCAGUUGGUUGUGGACUACAGAGAAGUCAACAAAAGGUGUCAGGUACUUCAACUACCUAAUCCAUCUACUCUGCCACAAUGUAUGUUUGAGAUGGCACGGUUCCAACAAAAUAAGUGGGUUGGAGUCACAUUGGAUCUUAAAAAUAUGUUCUUUUCCAUCCCGAUAAAUGACCCGGAAGGAAUACUAAACAUGUGUAUUGAUGGCAUCAUGUAUAGGUGGACGGUCUGUCCACAAGGAUAUCGUAACACUCCAUCACUAGCCACUGGUGCCAUGAAUAACACCCUAAAGAAUUUUCGAGCUUCAUACUCUCUUCCCCCAGAGAAGGAACUAAAGAUUUGGAGUUACGUCGAUGAUAUCGCCAUCAUGGGUCGCAAUAGUUCCGUAGUUACUAGUAUAGUCAAUCAACUAGUCACUCACCUUCAGAGUGAGGGAUGGACAAUCAAUGAGGAAAAGUCGUGUUUAGAACCUGUAAAUGACAUUACUUUCCUCGGUACCCGAUACAUCGGUUCCAUCCGCCACGGAAUCUCGCGUGAGGGUCCUAACAUCGAUCCAUUGAAAACAUUCUUCCCUACAACUAAGAGGCACUUUCAACAGCUGUUGGGUCAUUUGAAUUGGUAUCGACAUUAUAUUGGACCUAGUGAUUUGGCCCUCCUCACUAAAUUGCAGCGACAGAUCCGUGAUAAGUCUCGAAAGUCCACGCCCUGGACAAAAGGAGAUCAGCAGAACCUGCUUUGCCUGCUAGCUAUGGUUAAAGAUACACAACUCCAUGCCAUCGAUCUGCGUGAGUCACUAACCGUAACCCUCGGGUUCACCACCAACCAUGUGUGGGCUGUCGCACAUAACCCUCACAAUGAGCUAGUAUAUAUAGCCCAUAAAACGCUUCAAGCGGCACAACAUCGAUAUGGAGCUGUAGGAAAAAUCCUCCUAGCUGAACAACUGGUGGAGUCUUUAGCAAGGGGGCAUGGGACGUUACGCGCUCCCGGUGCCACAUUGUUACCCUUGCUGGAUGCAGACAGUGUUGACCCACAUUUUCAGGGAGAAUCUAAGACCUGGAAUACGCUAGUGCUUACCCACCAUUACAACUGGCAUUGUUGGAGGUUGGAAGACACGGUACCUGAUCCAAGCCCAGAAGAUGAGGAGAAGCUCCCUACAUUGUAUGGAACUUCAGCCCCAGUGUGGAUGGCCUCAGAUGGAAACUCCCGGCAUGGUGGAGGCUAUGGGUAUUAUUGCAAAGCUUGUAACGAUAAGAAAAUCUUUCAAGCCGACCCAGAUGAUAAUUGGGCCCAAAGAUGUGAAUUAUUAGGAUUCCUCAAGGUACUAGAACAUUGUCUGACACAUCAUAACAAUACACUCCCAGUUCCGAUCAUCGCAAUCGAUUCACAAUACAUUUAUAAAAUUCUUACGGGCACAGCUUUUCCCUCUGAAUAUUUGAAUGAUUGGCAAGAUAUUUGGGAAACGUUAACUAAAUUUGUGCGCCUCCCAUUGAUUAGGCACACUAAGUCCCAUCGUCCAGAUACCGAUCCAGUGCAUGAGGUAAUUGAUAAGCUUUUAGAAGAUCCACUCCGGACCAACAUAGAUGUGAUAGGCAAGACUACCUCCGGUCCAUGCCUCGCAUGGCUUCAUGAGAAUUGGGGUCACCUGGGACCACGAGCUUGCCAUCAACGUUGGUGCCGAACCCUUACGGAGCCAGCCUCAUACGGAGCUCGGCGUGAUUGGGAAAAGGUAGCUCAGGCCUGUGAGAUAUGUGCUAAAGAAAAGUGCCAUAGAACCAAGCACCAACUCGGAGCUUUCGAUUCUUCACAGUUUCAGGCAGGAAAAGUUUGGCAGGUAGAUUUACUGGGACCCCUCCCAGGGUCUAAGCCACCAAAUAAAGGAUUAGUUGUUGUCGAUUUGGGAACAAGACAGUUACAGGUUAUCCCCCUGCGAAGGAGCAAUGCUACUGCUGUCAUUUAUGCUUUGACUGCUAUAUUUGCUACCUGGCAACCCCCUCAUGAGAUUCAGUCUGAUGAAGGACCCCCGUUUAAUUCAAACGCUCUGGACAAAUUCGCUCAUCUUCAUAAUGUAGCCUGGCAUCUUCAUUUGCCGUACCACCCGCAGUCCAACAGUGUUGUCGAAAGACACAUAGGUCUGUACAAAGAACAACUUCGCCUUAGAGGAGGAGGAACGUUUAAAAAUUGGACUAAAUUUAAUCAUGAUGUCCUUAUUUCACUAAACACUGCUAAACUGUUAUGGGACGAAGCUAAUGUCCAGAAACCUCCACCUUGGGAGCCCAAGUUCCAACCAGACAAGUUAGUGUGGAUUUCAAUACCGCACCCCCAUCAGUCUCAUCCACAGGUUCACAAAGGGACCGUUCAGCGGUCGGGACAGUAUCCUAAUACCUAUUCUGUCCAAUUAGAAGAAAAGCCCGAUCGUCCUCCUAUUAUCGUUCAUCACAACUGGAUGACCCACCGUUCCAAUGUUCCCCCAGUAUCCUUACAGUAAAUCCAAUUAUGAGUCUUUUUGUUUUGUGUUGUUGUUUUCUUUCUUCACAGGUCUAACCCCAGAAAAGCAAUAAUCCACAACUGCCCGAUUGUGAGAUUCAUCGAGCACCAGACUGCAGUUCGUUCAAAUCAAUAGUGAUGGUUGUGAAGGAGACACUGAGACGGCGAACGUCCAUUUGCUCAGGACUUACUAUAACACUAUUCACUCUCAUUUUAUUAAGUAUUUUAUUGACACUGUCUAUUAGUAGGAGAGGACGGGCUAACUACCAGACGAAGGAAGUCCCAAGCAGAUGUUCUCCAAUCAGACGAUGAUCAACAGUUGUUGUUAUAUGUUCAAAGUUAUUGUAUUUUGUAAUUUGUUGAAAAGACCGGCCUAUCAAGUUGUUUGUUUAUAUAUAUAUAUAUACAUAUAUUACUGGUUGUUAAAACUUUGCCAGGUCAGUGAGUCCCAAAACAAAGAUGCUGUAUGAUGUGCUCAUGUGUCUAAAAUUCCAGUUGUGCCGUUGGCAAGGGGGCAUGUCACAACCCAGUGAUUUUGGUGCCUCGGCACGGUGGAAUUUUCCCACCGCAUGAGAGCCUCUUGCAAAGUAAAGGCUUUCUGUUGCAGCAGAAAACCCCCGGUGCAAGAGAGUUCCUGCCAUUAGAAUUCAAAUUUGUGUCCCGCUAUUGGCCAGCUCUAAAUUAUUCCUACGUGGAGGCUAGUAAUUGGCUUGCUAGCCAUUUAAAAUUUCGCAUGACUUCUGCCCAAGUUGGAGAACUUUGAGCAUACUGCAGAGUGCCUCUGAAGAGAUCUGACUCGUGGCUGAGCUGAUCGAUAGACUGAUCACCUAUUGAUUCUUCUCCCCGUCGCCAAGCACAAUCCCAGACGUAUCCUUUUCCUUGCCGGCUUGGUUUGUGGACGGACGUGCUGGCCUGAGCCCUGCCAGCUGGAACAACUAACGUAGUUGUUCAAAUGACCGGACCGUUUUUGUCGCAACCGCAAGCGACAUAAGUAAAGUUUUACAACCAUAAAGCUUUCUCGGUCUCUCUAUUCACCAGCCCGCCCCGACGAAUGAGCAAUUAUUAAAUCACCUCAAGUCAGCUUUGGCCGUCCGAGACAGUUCCCAGCACUCGGGAACCAGCAGCGGGAAGGAGAGGAUCCAGGCACACGUGUGUCCCCUAACUAACUCACUGACCGGAGGCGGAAGCAGCAGCAGCAGCAGCAGCAGCAGAGGAAUCAGCAGCGGGGGCACUAACAGCUGAUCCCCCGAAGACCAGGCACCUAAGAAAGAAGCAUCCCGGGAGGUGCCCUCCACAGCAGAGUGGCAGACGGUCACCUCCAGGACCGGAGCUGCUCGCAGCGAACUGGUACCAGUUCCACCAGUCCAACUGGAGAACAGGUCAAGAGAUCCAAGCGGACCCAGAGGAGGAGGCGAUGAGUGCUCAUCAUAGGCGACUCCAUCCUGAGAGUGAACGGACGUGGAAGACGGCAUGAGAACUGCAUUAGAGGGACCAACUGGUGGCUUCGGCAGUGGUGUCUCGAGGCAGGCUUUGGCUUUCUGGACAAUGACCAGCACAUCAUGACGAAGGACAUGCUCAGUUGGGAUGGGCUUCACCUGUCCCCCAAAGGUUUGAAUUGCAAUGGGAGCAAGGCUGAGUACUGCAGGCUUGAUCCAAAACUCAGAAAACUAAAUAGGAUGCUGACAUUAAUGAUACCAUUUAUGCAGUCCCUUAUUAUAGUGUGUGCUUGGUACAUUAGCUUAGGUUGAUGCUGCUCCUCAUGACUGAAUACAAAGGAUACAAAUGAGAAAGUAAAAAGGUACAAAUGAGUGUGUUGUUGUCAAUAUUUUUACCAGCAUGAGUUUAAAGCAUUUAUUUUUCAGCACUUAAAAAUAACCAUUCAUGAGCUAUGCAGAUCACUUUAGGAUAUAUAAAAACAAAUAAAAAUCUUAAUACCACACCAUCAUGAGUUCUGUGUACAUCAUAGCACAUGUAUAGAGCUGAGAUACCAUGGUGAUAGAGGCUAAAUAUAAGGUUUGAAGAGAAAAAUAACCCAUCUAUUUUAGAAACAGCUAAUGUUAUCUAAAAAAAGAUUUUCUACAAAUAAUGCCAAGAUGUUAAGGUUCUCUCAAAACCUACUAAGUUUAGUAAUAAGUGCUGGUUCCCACCGGGCAUCUAGAAAUCACCCUUUUCCGAAAGGUACCUGUUCCUAGCAGUAAUAGUGUGAGAUAUUGACUAUCCAGAUCAUUACUUGAACAGGACUGAACACUUCUUGAGGUGCAUCUCAGACCUGAGAACGGGGAAGGGAGUAAAAGGGAACUCAGUGCUGGGUGGCAGAACAUAGGAGUGCGACAGGGCACCAGGGGCUCCUGUUACAUUAGAAGAGAGGCCACAGCAGGUACGUCCACAGGUGGAGGGAAGACAGCAGAUUUUGGGCUAGCUGCAGGACAGUAGGCAGCCAGGGGCCCACAGGCUGCGUAUUGUGGGGUCAGAAGACUAACAAGACAACUAUAGGGCAGUGUCCUGGUUGGGCAGCAAGGGCACUGCUACAGUUUGGCCAGAAAAAUAGCAGUAAGCUGCUUUGGAGGCUGAGGAGACAUACCUGCAGCCGGUCAGGAGAGCACCUGACUGGAAGGGGAGAAGCCCAGGAGAUAUAAGCUUGGGUCCCAGAGGCAGAGGGGCAGUGCAGCCCUGAGCUCUGUAGGGAAAAAAGCUCUUGCCAGCUCAGGCUGGUGAGGAGUGCAAGCUGCAGGUCAUGUCAGUUUUUAUACCAAUUUUAUAUCGGUGUGGCUGUAGGAGUGGAAAGAGAGCCAUGGAGUGCCUGAGGGGCAUGCCAGAUUUUUGUCCCCCUUCCCACCCCAAGGCCCGGUCAUGAGACAGAAGUGGCCUGAGCCCAGAGGGCAUGACCAAGGCAGGCUGAGGGGAAGAGGGUCAGAGGCUGAGCCCAGAAGGGGCAAUACAGAUGGCCAGUGGCCAAUGAGAGGCUGGAACUGAAAGGCCAGGCUACAGAUAGUGGGGCUAGGCUACCAGUCCAUAGCCUGUAGACUCAGGCUAAGGAGGUUGAGGCAUAUACAGGAAGACAAAUGGUGACAGAGUGACAUCCAUAAGGCGUGGGCCUGGCUGGAGGACAGAGGGAGGGAGGACAGAGGCCACAAAUUCAGCCCUUAAGGCAAUUAGGGCCAGAGAAGCCCCAGGCCAAGAGAAAGAGAGAGCAUGCACGCGAGAACGUGGUGUGUGUCAGGGUCUGAGCUCCCAAAUCAAGCAGGCCAAGUCAAGCCCACAAAGGAGCGGAGGACUGAGAAGAGUACCCAGAGCUCACCAGGCUCUAAGGGCAGCGCCCUCUCUUUAUUAAUACCAUCAAGGCAUGGCAAACGAGGCACUAGGGUGAGACCCUGAGAGGCCAGAGUGAAAGCCAGGCAGAACUAGGGUAGCCACCAGAGGGGUGUCAUGGCCACCCUCGGGCACCACAAGGAGACUCAAGUAUGGCAGCUGCUAGUGCCAGCUCAGAGACUUAAGUUGCAAUCCUGACCUCAAUGAAAAUCAAGAAAAAUUUUCUCACUGAUUUCCACUGGGCCAAGUUUCUACUUCAGAAUCUCAAAAGUAGUCCUGCCUUUAAUGCACGUAGCUGGCAGAGCACAGGUGUGACAGUCAAAGGCAAAAGAUAAAAAGCAAUAUACCACAUGGUUAGUCUCACCAGAGACAUGGCACAUGUAUCUAUAUUGUCAAUUAAAACAGGGUACCAUAUUUCACGUCUGAUGCAGAAUAAAUGAGCAUUUCAGAUUAUUUGUUUUCUAGCUUUAUGGGUUAAUAGAGCUCAGUGAGAUUUCAUUGCACAUAAUCUAAAUGAGUCUGCAUCCCAAGAAGACUGUCAGGCAGCUCAGAACCAUGCCAGUUCAUGGUGGAAAAUUAAACCCACCUAAUGCACUUCCCUAAUACACAGUAAUGAAGAGAAGUUUACAAGGAAAGAAUAGUGGAGACAAAACAAGGAAGAAAUUGGGAAAUGCAAGUAAUAAAAAUUCCAUGCCACGUCGCCUUGAAAAUAUGAGAAAAAUACAGUGCACCUUCUUCUGAGGCACUUCUCAGGAGACAAGAAUUUUGUAAAUUAUACUGCUCUGAUGAUAUAAAAGUAUUUCAUACAGCUGUAGCUAGCAGCCGGGCUGGAGCUGGCUUAUUAAUAUUGCAUGGUGAAAAGAUAAACUAAAAAGACAACUGCAUUGUUGUUUAAGUUUAACUCCAUGUCAUUUACUAAUGUCUGUGACUUUUGAAAAGCUAGCAAUGAAAUAUGAGAUGAUGCUCUUAGAGUUGCCAAAUAUCGCAGACGGAACAAAUCAUCCAUAUGAUGACUGGUCACUGGGAAAAGCGAUGACAGUAUCUAACAGAACAUAAAUGUUGCCCAAAUGCUGCUUUAUCUCCCUAAUUGAGAGCUUGAUGCUAUCUGUGGAUCAGCAGUGGCAAGUGACAAUAAAAUGUACAGUAUUUGCAUAUGAGGGGUUAGCAGCAGCUUACAACUGGAACUGUGCCAGCAUGCUGCUGUCCUUCAAGAAACUGCAGAAAACUUCAGGAACUUUGGCUGUUUUGCACACUAGAUGGAACGUGCAACGUACAUGAGCUCUCUUACAUGUACUGUCGAGAGAGAGUUGGCAGCCUAUGUGACGUUUCAUAAAAAGCAAAAACCUAGCAGCUCAGGGAGUCAUGGAGUUUUGAUACUUCUUGCAGGGGGACUUUGGAUCUACUCAAAAAAUUAUGCUCUCUCAUCCAGUAAAUUGCCUUUCAACUUGUGACUGGUAUGAUACAGAAAAUGAUCUAUUGAAACUAUGCAAGUAUGGUUUAGUAAUCAAAUGUUUUUCAUUUUAUUAAGAAUAAAGAGUGAAAAGGAACUGCUCAUACAAAA